GGCGCCUUCCGCCAUUUCCGCCCGGCGGCGGAGCCGCCAUGCCGAUGAAAGGCCGGUUCCCCAUCAGGCGGACGCUGCAGUACCUCGACCAGGGCGACGUUAUCUUCAAGAGCUCGGUGAAGGUGAUGACGGUGAACUACAACACGGCGGGAGAGCUGAGCGAGGGGGCGAGAAAGUUUGUGUUUUUCAACAUCCCCCAGAUCCAGUACAAGAACCCCUGGGUGCAGAUCAUGCUGUUCCGGAACAUGACCCCCUCGCCCUUCCUCCGCUUCUACCUGGACAAUGGCGAACAAGUUUUGGUGGACGUGGAAGAUAAAACCAACAAAGAGAUAACUGAGCACAUUAAAAAAAUCUUGGGGAAAAGCAAAGAAACGCUUGAAAAAGAGGAAAGGGAAAGGAAAAAACUAUCACAUCCAGCAACUUUUGGGCCCAAGAAGUAUCAUCUGCGAGAAUGCAUGUGUGAAAUUGAAGGCCAAGUUCCCUGCCCUGCUUUUGUGCCACUGCCCAAAGAGAUGAGGGGAAAAUAUAAAGCUGCUAUGAAGAAUGAAGCAUCAGCCUGAUGUCUCAAGUCAUAGAGUUGUUCUUCCUCAGGGCUGGAUGAUCAAGGUACUUCAGCGAGAGAGAAGAGCUAACAGCUCCUGGAGACAGGAACAAGCAAGUUCAUACAAUACAGACAACCUUGCCUCCUAAGUCUUCUUACAGCUACAACUAGAAUAAUUAAAGAGAAAAAUAAAUAAAAGUUGAAAACCCA